GGAUACGGAUAAGGUGCUGGGGAUAAGGUACCUUAGAAAGCCCCGGAGACUGAGGUGCCUCGUCCAAUCGAGCCGAUAAACUCUACAUAUAAGAAUGUCAGACCUCGAGGACGGCGGGCUUUUUUGCAUCGCCGUAUCCGACAGCGAAGACGAUUCGCAAGCCAACAAAAAGCCGCGCGAUGGCCAGACGGAGGAGGAAUUUCAGGCCGUGAGGAAGUCUUACCAGCCCAAGAUCGAAAACGGAGAAAUCUGGAAGAUCUCUGAGGGUGUACUUCCCCUCCAGGCUGUCGCCACCAAAGCUGAGGCCCAAGAACUCCUCCACGCCGUCGAGGAGCUGUAUUUCUUCCGACGGUUCUCUGAGGGUGCGACACUGGCGCGCAGGAUUUUGGAUUCGAGCGCAGAGAAGCUGGACAAUGAGCAUAGGAAUUUCUUUGUUCUAUAUGAAGAGAGAUGUCUGAAAAGGAUGAGGCAACGGGACAAUGGUGUGAUGGCUCCUACGUCGGCUGCGUCUUGAGCGCUCUUAGUAGCCUACCCCGGGAG